AUGCCACACAUAGCAGUGGGGAAAGCACUUUCCUGGGACGUGACUAAAGUUACACGCUGGACCAUCUGUGUUUUUUCUUUUUUUUUUGUCUGCUAGUGGCGAGAUAUUAAAGGCAGGAUUUCUGGGGGUGGGGGCAUGAAGAUAAUUGCCCUACAGUUUAAUGCAUGUGCAUGCAGCAGAAGAACAAGAAGGACAGUUUCUGUUUGCACAAUCCUGCUCUUCAGCUUAAUCCCGCAGUGAAAAUGUUUGGAAAGUGAAAUGCUUUUUGUUUCAUACUUUGUUGGCAUUGCAUCACAGCUGAGCCUCAGGCUUUAUUGUGUGUAGCGUAUCAGCUUAAAAAGCUAAUGGUGAAGAAGUUAUCGUCUGUCUACUUUCACAAACCUUGUGUAGAAAUAGGAAAACUCUGGGCUGACUGAAGUUUUUUUUCUUUUCUUUUUUUCUCCCCCGAGGAGGAAUUCUUCUAUGGGGUGACUUUACCCAGGAGGCUUUGUUUCGGUAAUGUGACAUCAUUGCUCUUCAAUCUGCCCGCCUCCCCAGUCUUAAAGGGGAUUUGCAUCUUCCCCAUUGUACUUCGUUUCAGGAUAAUACAGACCUGGAGGGUCUGUGCCUUUAACUAGUUUUGAAAAAUACUAGGAACUUCCGAAUGUACCGCUCACUGCUCACUUUGAGGGACUUAAGGAGAGGCACUUUCUGAGUUUGUGUUACUUGUAGCCGAUGUGUGUGUGUCUUACUUCUGAAGUAAAAGACUUGAGCUGUCCGUGACCCGCUCCUCUCCUCCCAUCUCCGCGGACGACGUCGGAAAGGCAGAGGACAAUUGCCACCCCACCCCCUCCGCGACCCCGGCACUGCUGCAGAAUCGCCUGGACAAAGGAGCCUGAGUGGCCCGGGCUGAGGAGUAGGAGGAGCAGAGAGGAGGAGCGGGGAGCGGAGGCGCCACCCAGGGGCCCACGUCACGUCCGGCGGGGGGGCUGAGGCUGAGCAGGGCGGCCGAGCGGCGCUCAGACGGGGGGAGAGACUCACAGGGAGAGGUGGAGGGGCGCAGAGAGCGAGCGAGCUCAGGGAUCAUGUGUCAGUGGAGCGUACAGCAGCAGCAGCAGCAGCCGCCCGCGCGGAGCCCGGGGAAAUGGUGAGAUGCUGCAGGUCUUUGCAUAGCCCGUCGCCGUGCUUCAAUCUGCACCGGGUGCGAGUUGAUGUGCGCAGGCUGCGGCUGCUCAGCUCCAGGGCAGCGGGGGCGGAGCAGGGGCCCGGCGGCAGCGGCGGGGCCGGCCAGGGCGUCUCGGGGGUCCCCGCCCUCAGCCACAGGACCCGAUUCAGGUUGCAGUUCCCCCAGCUGGCCUUGCGGCGGCGCCUGGGCCAGUUGAGCUGCAUGUCCCGACCCGCCUUGCGGCUGCGCUCAUGGCCGCUCUCCUUCCUCUACUACCUGCUACCCUUCGGAGUCCUCAAACCCUUGGCCAAGGCAGGCUGGCGGCCCACCAGCAGGGUCGCUCUGUACAAGUCCAUCCCGACGCGGCUACUGUCGCGAGCCUGGGGCCGCCUGAACCAGGUGGAGCUGCCAACCUGGCUGAGGAAACCCAUCUACAGCCUGUACAUCUGGACGUUCGGGGUGAACAUGAAGGAGGCUGCCGUAGAGGACCUGCACCACUACCGCAACCUCAGCGAGUUCUUCCGGCGCAAGCUGAAGCCCCAGGCGCGGCCCGUGUGCGAUUCGCACUGCGUGAUCAGUCCAGCCGAUGGAAAGAUUCUCCAUUUCGGGAGGGUGCGUAACUGUGAGGUGGAGCAGGUGAAGGGGGUCACCUACUCCCUGGAGACCUUCCUGGGGCCGCAGACCUGGGUGGAGAGUCUGGCCUCCAGCAGAAAAGUGGCCGAACCUAGCACCUUCCAGGACAUGCUGGUGACCAAGGAGGGCAACGAGCUCUUCCACUGCGUAGUGUACCUGGCUCCAGGGGACUACCACUGCUUCCACUCACCAACUGACUGGAGGGUGGCACACCGACGCCAUUUUCCAGGCUCCCUGAUGUCUGUGAACCCAGGCGUUGCGCGCUGGAUCAAAGAGCUGUUCUGCCACAACGAGCGCGUGGUUCUGUCUGGCGAGUGGACCCAUGGUUUCUUCUCUCUCACCGCAGUGGGCGCCACGAACGUGGGCUCCAUCCGCAUCUACUUCGACAAGGAGCUGCACACCAAUAGCCCCCGCUACAGCAAAGGUUCUUACAAUGACUUCAGCUACGUCUCCAAUGGCAACCAGGAGGGAGUGUGCAUGCGCAAAGGCGAGCACCUGGGCGAGUUCAACCUGGGCUCCACCAUCGUGCUGCUCUUCGAGGCCCCACGAGACUUUACCUUCAGCCUCAAGCCCGGCCAGAAGAUCCGAUUUGGGGAGGCACUGGGGACCAUGUGAGGGCCUGGGGUGUGGGGACAGCUGACGUGAGCGAACAAGCUGAGGCAGAAUGCGGACAUGCGCACAAGUGCGCGCUCAUGCUAACUAAGCGAGUAGCACAUGUGACCGCAUGCGUCGGCCUUGACGCCCUCCCCUCACUCUCACUCGCUCACUUGUACACACAGGGAUACUUACUUCCGCCGCAUCUUCGCCCAGGUCUCCCCACCUGUUUUUGACAUUUUUUUUUUAAAUGUUUACCAUAGUUAAACUAAUUUCUUGUACCACUUAACACAUGGAAAUAGAGAUUUUUUUUUGUUGAUAUCUCUAAUUUGGCAUUUGUUCUUUUUUUAACUGCACAAUGCCUUUGUCAGGAUGACUCUCUCCGUUGGGAGGGGGCGUGGGGGGGGGGUUCUGAAAAUUACGCUGUGUUUGCGCACAUACAGACUCGUCGUCGCCCCCUAGAGGCGAAUGGUACUGACCAGAGACAUGGGAUGGCCGACUCCUGUCUGCACGGCAGGAAUGAGCCGACUUACUUAAAUCAUCUUCUGUUACUUUUCCUCUGGCCAUCACUCUUUCCUCUUUUUUUUUCCUCUUUUUUUCCAUUUUGGUCUCCCUGCCCUGGAUACUUAGUGACACAAUAUCUCUCCCUUCCUUCCGAUGGAUCUGCUAGUCCACUGGAUGAAGACUUCGAACAGGAGGAAUAACCCCAGGAGAUGGCCACGGUACUCUCGUGCUGUACUCAGAGCCCAUCAAAUGCUUACCGUAACUGUCAUUCCCGUCUCCCAUUCCUCCCAGCAUUAGCAGCCGUGACUGAUUGUAAGACGAGCCCUAACCUUGGCCAAUCUCAUUACCCUGACGCUUAGCCGUGUCACUUCCAGUAAAGCAUCUAAAUAUCCAGCAGGAUUCCUUCCUGCACCACGUAGUCCUGGUGCAUUUCUGAUUUCCCCCCCAUCCGCCGGAAAACAAGAGUGUUACCCUCAUUUUCAUCUACUGGAGCGAAGGACGCAAAUGACUACAACUCCCAGUUUGCACGUGUCAUUUAAGGACGACUUGCCCUUUAAACUGCCAGAGUCCAAAAAUGUGUGCUAUGUUGCAAAUAGCAGAAUGCUUCAGGGCUUGUAUAUCCACAGUUUUUCACCAGAUAUGCAUUGCUUUCUAAUUAUAGAGCAGUCUGUCCACCGUUUUUUUUUUUUUU